AUGGCUUCUUAUGUGCGAAAAAAUGGUCGAUCACCGUAUUACAUAAAAAAAUCAGUUCGAUCAAUACUUUCUCAAUCAUACGCCAACUGGGAACUAUUUGUCACUGGAGACAAGUACGAAAGUGAAACAGAAUUUCGCUCGCUGUUCGCAAGUAUACCGCCGUCAAAGUUAUUUUUGCACAAUUUACCAGAACCUGGAGAACGAGGUAAUCUAACUGGUGUUCCGUUGUGGGAAAGUGGCGGUGUUUCGGCCAUGAACAACGCAUUACAACGUGCUGAGCAGCAUCAUAAUAAUUGUAGCUUAAGAUCCAAUAUAUAUGUUACAAAUCUUGAUGAUGACGACGUCUGGUCUACAGAACAUCUGAAUGAACUUCAAUCGAUCUUCAAGCGUUUUCCAUCGGUUGUUUUUACAUGGACUAAAGGAUACUAUUGUCAUAAUCGUGGCGAUCCAUAUCCACCUUUGAUAGUCCCACAAGAUAGAGUCAACAAUUGGCCUGGAGGUUUUGGCGGUAGUAUACUACAUUCUUCUCGGUCAUGGAAAAUGGAAGUUUUUCGAGGUUUUCGAUACCGUGCGCAAUGGGAUUUUCCACGAAAUUUUCAAGGAAUAAAAGCAGCGGAUGCUGAUUUGUUUGAAGUAGUACGGGUAUAUGUUGCUGCAAAAAAGUUAGAUUACUAUCACAGCAACCAAGCUACAAUCGAGCAUCUUAUCGAAAGGGGAAUAUCAUGUCUUAAAAAUGGACCAUUAUGGUAUCCUGACUAA